AUGUAUUCCCGAAUCAUUCUCUCUACUUUGUCGAUGAUUACUCUAGUUGCUGCUCAUGGCAAAGUCUCCGUCCUUACUGGUGAUCUCGGUGGUAACGGCACUGCUCUGGGUAUCAGAGGCGCAGUUGUCCCCGGAGCUGGUCCCAACUACCUGACCGAAGUGGACACAACUAUCUUCUGGUCCAAGGACAUCCACACCGACGAUGAUCUUGGCUAUACCGAUGAGGCUGGUAACAACCAGCUUAGUGACCUCAGCAAGGCUAUGUCUCAGUCUGGCAAUACCCUACCGCAGGUUAGCAGUGGUGGCUCUGUUAAUGGUACCUACCAUAUUGUCACCACGGACGGGGCUGGUCCCCUGGAGGCUCUCGUCGACGAGUCUGCCAGCGGCAAGUGGUCUAAGGCCAAGUCUGCUACCGUUACUGUUCAACCCCCUGGCGAUGACGGUUACAUUGCCGCUCCCAAGGAGAGCGGUACCAGCAAUAACAAGCGUAGCCGUGUGUAUGGAAAGCUCAGCAAACGUGCCGAGAACGUCAAUGAGGACUAUCCUUUCGCCGUUGAGAUUCCUUCAGGGACCUCCUGUACUGGCACCAUCAAUGGUAUCAGCAACCUCUGCUUGGUAAAGGUUUCUAAUAACAACGACAACGGUCCAUUCGGCUCUGUCUUUGCUGUGCAGAUGCCCAACUCUACAACUUCUAGUACUUCGAGCUCUGCCAGUGCUGCGGUAAAGAAAUGCUGA